CACUCACAACUCAAUUCGAGAUAUCAUCAAACAGCAUUAUAUUUUUUUACAUUAAAAGAAAUGGAGGGCAAAGAAGAGGAUGUUAGAUUGGGAGCUAACAAAUUCUCCGAGAGGCAGCCGAUCGGUACGGCGGCUCAAACCCAAGAUGAUGGGAAGGACUACAAGGAACCACCCCCGGCGCCGCUCUUUGAGCCGGGUGAACUUACAUCAUGGUCUUUCUAUAGGGCUGGGAUUGCUGAGUUCAUCGCAACAUUUUUGUUCCUUUACAUCUCGGUCUUGACUGUUAUGGGAGUCGUCAAGGACGAUACCAAGUGCAAAACCGUUGGAAUUCAAGGCAUUGCUUGGGCUUUUGGUGGCAUGAUUUUCGCUCUUGUUUACUGUACUGCUGGUAUCUCAGGGGGGCACAUAAACCCGGCUGUGACUUUCGGACUAUUCCUGGCGAGAAAGCUGUCGUUGACUCGGGCGGUGUUCUACAUGGUGAUGCAGUGUCUCGGUGCGAUUUGCGGUGCUGGAGUGGUUAAGGGCUUCAAGCACGAGCUCUACAUGAGCAAGGGAGGCGGAGCUAACGUCGUUAACGCUGGUUACACCAAAGGUGACGGUCUUGGUGCUGAGAUUGUUGGGACCUUCGUCCUUGUCUACACAGUUUUCUCAGCCACUGACGCCAAGCGUAGCGCCAGAGACUCUCACGUCCCAAUUUUGGCACCUUUGCCUAUUGGGUUCGCUGUCUUCUUAGUCCACUUGGCAACCAUCCCCAUCACCGGAACCGGUAUUAACCCAGCUCGUAGUCUCGGAGCUGCGAUCAUCUACAACAGGGACCACGCUUGGGAUGAUCACUGGAUUUUCUGGGUGGGACCUUUCAUUGGUGCAGCCUUGGCAGCCCUAUACCACGUGGUGGUGAUCAGAGCCAUUCCAUUCAAAUCAAAGUGAUAAUGGACCGUUGAUGAUCGGAUGAUCAAAAACAAACAGCAACGCGAAUGAAUGAAGCUGUAGCUUGUCCUUAUUUUUGUGGCUCCCGUUGUUGCUGAUCUUUCAAAUUAGAUAAAAAAAAACAUGAACGAGCCAAGUUGGCUCUGUUUUUCUUUCAACUUGUCGUCGCUCUUUGGCUCUGUGCAUUUGUAUUAUGUAAGUAAGAAUCUGUAAUAUUAGUAAGCUUUGUGUUGUUCUUUAUCAAAAGUGCCUCUUUUCUAUUUCUUUAUUUGGUUCAAGAGGGGCCUAUCUCAUGUGAGUGGUGGGCUGCCGUGGUCUGUGUAUGGCAGUGAGUGACCAGUAAAUACUUUAAUUAAGUUGUGAAUUUUUAAAUUGAAAAUAAUUAUUCAUACC